AUCGAGUUUUCACAGAAGAUGGAGUUGCCAAAGUGUGCCUUGAUUCUAGCACAAUAGUAGUUGCCUUUCUAUUUCCUUUGCCCAAAAUGAAGGAGGUAGUCAAGUAAGUGUCCACCAAGUGGAGGUACUGAGAGGUAGGGAUGGGAGAGAUGGAGGAAGAGGUCCAGCUGGACCACCUGGUCUACCUGGACCUACAGGAACCAAUGGGCCACAGGGAGAGAGGGACUGCAGGGAAUGUUAGGCCCCCUGGGGAUUAGUGAGAAAAAGGAGAUCAUGGGACAAGGGAGAUCGCGGGGACACUGGACUAACUGGACCUCAGGGACCACUAGGAGCCCCAGGUCCUCUUGCCAUGGGAGGAGCUGUCUAUGUUCGCUGGGGAGGACUGUUUGUCCAGUGGCCAGGAACUGAGCUGGUGUACUCUGGGAGAGCUGGAGGGAGUCGAUAUAAUCACCGUGGAGGGGGUGCCAACCAUCUCUGUAUGCCAGAUGAUCCUGAACACUUGCAGUAUACUAGUGGAGUGCAAGGAAAUAGCUACAUGUAUGGAGUGGAGUAUCGACCACAUUCUCAACCGUUACAAACUGUUAAUUACCACAAUGUUCCAUGUGCUGUGUGCCAUGUCACAACACGGGCUACACUGUUGAUGAUUCCAGCUAAAGUCAACUGCCCCACAAACUGGACCACAGAGUACACUGGAUACUUGAUGACUGAACGCUAUGGUCAUCAUCGUUCCACAUAUGAAUGUGUGGACAAAGAUCCCGAAUCUGUUGCUGGACUAAAUGGUUCUAAUGACUAUCAAGCUCUCCUCUACCAUGUGGAACCCAUUUGUACUGGGUUGUCCUGUCCACCAUAUGAUAGUGAGAAGGAGCUCACCUGUGUGGUGUGCUCUCAUUGAAAACUUAUCUAUCAAUAACAUACAUACUGUGCACUUCCUUUGAUGAUGAUUAUCUCAUGCUGAUAAACCCUCAAAAUUAUCACAGGGAGAGAUAG